ACGGAGGGAACCUAUUCUAUGUUUCCACCAAUUUCCUGUUAACCAGAGAAGAAGAAAGGGGGGAGGUAAAGCUGAGCUUGUGAAUCAUCGAAGAGGGCAUUUUGGAUUUCAGGGAGCAGGAGAGAGGCGACCCGUGAUAUUGUUGUUCAUUCAGAGGCGAUUUCUCUGAUAUUUUCUUCCUGGAAUCGGGUUUGGUGCUCUGUGGAUCCGUUCUGUUCUUCUGGGUUUGCUUUAUAUACGUUGCCCUAACAUGGGGACAGGACCGACACAUGUUUUCUCCAUGGACUAGCACCUGCCAGAAACUCCAACGACACUUCUGGACUCACCUUUCAGAUUCUCCCCCCUCCCCUCAUGUCUUUAUUAUAUCUUCUUCCGCCACCAUCUUUACACCAAAACACAUUACCAACAGAGCCCACUCCACUUCUCUAUUUGAAUACUCAUUCCCCAUGGCCCUGACUCGCUUGGCUCUGAAGAAUUUGCAGCAAAGGGCGCUUGUUUCCUCCUCUGCUGAUGCUCUGCUCCACAGGCAAACAGAGGCCCUGAUCAGAAGGUUCUGCGAUCAGAGCUCAGAAGGCAAUCCCAAAGAAGUGGCCAUUAAUAAUGAAGACAAAAACACCAAAAUGGUCCCGAAAGGGGAAGGCAAGAGGUGGGUAUUAUGGAAGAAGAAUGGGAGAGAAUUUGAUGUGGGGAAUUCACUGAUGCAAGCGGCUGAGAACAUAAACAGGGUAUUGAAAAGCUUGAACUUGAGGCGUCCAUGGUGGGUCUCCGGUGGGCAUGUGAAAGAGCAAGAAGAGUGGUACAAGCUGAGGGUGGAGAUGCCUGGGAUUAGGAAGGAAGACGUGAAGGUGAGGGUGGAGGGUCGGAUUCUGAGCAUCAGAGGGGAGCACAGUGAAGAAGACGAAGAAGAAGAAAGUGGGUGGAGGGGGGGGAGAUAUGGGUACUAUGAGAGCACGGUGAUGCUGCCGGAGGACGCGGUGGCGGAUGAGAUCAAGGCGGAGCUGAAAGAUGGGGUGUUGACCAUCACCAUUCCAAGGACUGAGAUGCCCCCAAAGGAUGUUAAAGAGAUCACCGUCGUGUAAUUUUGAUCAGUAAAAAAAUAAAAAAAUAGAAGUCUGAAAGUAAUUCCAAUUAAAGCAGUUAAAACUGUUUCUUUUUACCAAGAAAGAAACUUGAAACC